AUGCUCUUCAGCGCCGAAGAAAAGGUUCUUUGCUUCCACCAAGCGCUCAUAUACGAGGCAAGGGUUCUCAAGGCCGAGAAAUGGACCGGUGACGACAAUAUACGCGGAGUCGAGGGCCCGCACUACCUCGUCCACUAUAUGGGGUGGAAGGGAAAGUGGGACGAAUGGGUGCCAGAGUCGCGAAUGAUGAAGCUCAAUCCGGAGAAUAUCGAGAAGCAGCAGGCCCUCGCAGCAUCACACAAGGCAGCCGAACAAGCAAAGAAGGCUGAGAAGAGCGACGUUAGCGAGACUGCCGAGGAAGGGCGAGGGAGGAAGAGCAAAGAUGCUAGAGGGACAAAGCGAGGGCGUGAUGCAAUUGAGCAGGAGGACGAAUACAUCAAGAGGCCAGAGAUCAAGAUCAACAUUCCCGAUACCCUCAAGAUCAAACUGGUGGACGACUGGGAGAAUGUUACGAGAAAGGAUCAGCUGGUUCCGUUGCCACGCAAGCCAAAUGUGCACGAUAUCUUGGCCGCGUACCGUCAACACUACAUGACUGUCAAGCGCGAGGGCAAGGCAGGCCGGCCACCGGCGGUGCUCGAUGAGAUCCUCGAUGGCUUGGCUCUCUACUUCAAUAAGUCGCUCGGCAACAAUCUGCUCUACCGCUUUGAGCGGGCGCAAUAUACGCAGAUGCGUAAGGAGAUGACCUCGUCUCCCAAAUCAAACGCUAGCGACGAACAGGAGCUCGAUGCGGCAAAGGUAUAUGGCGCCGAGCAUCUUUUGAGGCUCUUUGUCAAUCUUCCAUCCAUUGUUGCGCACACGACAAUGGACCUAGAAGCUUUGACGCUGCUUCGAGAACACCUUACAGAAUUUCUCAACUUUCUGAUCAAGGAACGGAAAAAGUUCUUCGUCGCCGAAUACGAGGACGCCAGCCCUGCCUAUCAUCGGCUCUCGUCAAGUUAA